UCCGCUCCGCGUCUCCGUUGACUGGAGACGGGCGGAGCGCCGGCUUCCCGGGUCUGUGUCCUCUAGUGAAACCAGGAGGAUCCAAGAAUUCUGAAGCUACAAUGUUGUCAAGACUCUUCCGAAUGCAUGGCCUCUUUGUGGCCUCCCAUCCCUGGGAAGUCAUAGUGGGGACAGUGACACUGACCAUCUGUAUGAUGUCCAUGAACAUGUUUACUGGUAACGAUAAGAUCUGUGGUUGGAAUUAUGAAUGUCCAAAGUUUGAAGAGGAUGUUUUGAGCAGUGACAUCAUAAUUCUGACAAUAACACGAUGCAUAGCAAUCCUGUAUAUUUACUUCCAGUUUCAGAAUUUACGUCAACUUGGAUCAAAAUAUAUUUUGGGUAUUGCCGGCCUCUUCACAAUUUUCUCAAGUUUUGUAUUCAGUACAGUUGUUAUCCAUUUCCUAGAUAAAGAAUUGACAGGCUUGAAUGAAGCUCUGCCCUUUUUCCUACUUUUGAUUGACCUUUCCAGAGCAAGUGCACUGGCAAAGUUUGCCCUCAGCUCCAACUCACAGGAUGAAGUAAGGGAGAAUAUUGCUCGUGGAAUGGCAAUUUUAGGUCCCACAUUCACCCUCGAUGCUCUUGUAGAAUGCCUUGUGAUUGGAGUUGGCACCAUGUCAGGGGUGCGUCAGCUUGAAAUUAUGUGCUGCUUUGGCUGCAUGUCAGUUCUCGCCAACUACUUCGUGUUCAUGACUUUCUUCCCAGCUUGCGUGUCCUUGGUUUUAGAGCUUUCUCGGGAAAGCCGCGAGGGUCGUCCAAUUUGGCAGCUCAGCCAUUUUGCCCGAGUUUUAGAAGAGGAAGAAAAUAAACCAAAUCCUGUUACUCAGAGAGUUAAAAUAAUUAUGUCUCUAGGCUUGGUUCUUGUUCACGCACACAGUCGCUGGAUAGCCGAUCCUUCUCCUCAAAACAGUACGGCAGACAAUUCUAAGGUUUCGUUAGGAUUGGAUGAAAAUGUGUCCAAGAGAAUUGAACCAAGUGUUUCCCUCUGGCAGUUUUAUCUGUCUAAAAUGAUCAGCAUGGAUAUUGAACAAGUUAUUACCCUAACUUUGGCUCUCCUUCUGGCUGUCAAGUAUAUCUUCUUUGAACAAGCAGAGACGGAAUCUACACUCUCAUUAAAAAACCCUAUCACAUCUCCGGUAGUGACCCAAAAGAAAGUCACAGAUGACUGUUGUAGACGUGAACCAACACUGGUCAGAAAUGACCAGAAAUUCCACACAGUGGAGGAGGAGGCCAGGAUAAACAGAGAAAGAAAAGUUGAGGUUAUAAAACCCUUGGUGGCAGAAACUGACACCUCAAGCAGACCCACGUUUGUGGUUGGUAACUCCACACUUGAUUCUUCGCUGGAACUAGAGAUGCAGGAACCUGAGAUCCAGAUUCCCUCGGAGCCUCGGCCUAAUGAAGAAUGUCUACAGAUACUUGGAAAUGCAGAGAAAGGUGCAAAAUUCCUUAGUGAUGCUGAGAUCAUCCAGUUGGUCAAUGCUAAACAUAUCCCAGCUUACAAAUUGGAAACUUUGAUGGAAACCCAUGAACGAGGUGUAUCUAUUCGCCGACAGUUACUUUCCAAAAAACUUCCAGAACCUUCUUCCCUCCAGUAUCUACCCUACAGAGACUAUAAUUACUCCUUGGUAAUGGGCGCUUGCUGUGAGAAUGUUAUUGGAUAUAUGCCCAUCCCUGUUGGAGUGGCAGGACCCCUGUGCUUGGAUGGAAAAGAAUUUCAGGUUCCAAUGGCAACAACAGAAGGUUGCCUCGUGGCCAGCACCAAUAGAGGCUGCAGAGCAAUUGGUCUUGGUGGAGGCGCCAGCAGCCGAAUCCUCGCAGAUGGCAUGACUCGUGGCCCAGUGGUACGUUUUCCACGUGCUUGUGACUCUGCAGAAGUAAAGGCCUGGCUCGAGACACCUGAAGGGUUUGCAGUGAUAAAGGAGGCAUUCGACAGCACCAGCAGAUUUGCUCGUCUACAGAAACUUCAAAUGAGUGUGGCCGGACGCAACCUUUAUAUCCGUUUCCAGUCCAGGUCAGGUGAUGCCAUGGGGAUGAACAUGAUUUCGAAGGGUACAGAGAAAGCCCUUUCGAAACUUCAUGAGUAUUUCCCUGAAAUGCAGAUUCUGGCAGUCAGUGGUAACUAUUGUACUGACAAGAAACCUGCUGCUGUAAACUGGAUAGAGGGAAGAGGAAAGUCUGUUGUGUGUGAAGCUGUCAUUCCAGCCAAGGUUGUCAGAGAAGUAUUAAAGACUACUACAGAAGCGAUGGUUGAGGUCAACAUUAACAAAAAUCUGGUGGGCUCGGCCAUGGCCGGGAGCAUCGGCGGCUACAACGCCCAUGCAGCCAACAUCGUGACUGCCAUCUACAUUGCCUGUGGUCAGGAUGCGGCACAGAACGUUGGCAGCUCCAACUGUAUUACUUUAAUGGAAGCGAGUGGUCCCACAAAUGAAGACUUGUACAUCAGCUGCACCAUGCCAUCCAUAGAGAUCGGGACCGUGGGCGGGGGGACCAGCCUGCUCCCUCAGCAGGCCUGUUUGCAGAUGCUAGGGGUUCAAGGAGCGUGCAAAGACAAUCCUGGGGAAAACGCCCGGCAGCUCGCCCGAAUUGUGUGCGGUACAGUGAUGGCUGGGGAGUUGUCCCUGAUGGCAGCUUUGGCAGCUGGACAUCUCGUCAGAAGUCACAUGAUUCACAACAGGUCAAAGAUAAAUUUACAAGACCUCCAAGGAACUUGCACUAAGAAGGCAGCUUGAAUAGGCUGACAGUUCUGAACAGAAACACGGGCUUUGGGUUCUAAAGGACUGACAUAAAAAUCUGUGAAUUAAAAAAGCUCAAUGCA